CUCAACCUUGAGCAACUUCACGCGAUGUCACACGUGGUCACACGUAGAACAACGUGACGUUUGCAGGAAGUUCGGUCUUUGAAUCUUUCGUGCACUUUGGGUCGUAUCCCGAACGCAUUUUUAUCGAUAAACGCGCGCAUUUAUCGAUAAAAGUGCGUUCGGAAUACGGGGGCUUUUUACGUCUUCCCUCUUUUUCUCUCCCAACGUCGUACCCCUACAGCCAUUUCAUUUUAAGCGCAGAAGGUAUACCGCGGUGCAGCUGCAAGGAGCAGACCAGCUAUAGGCGCUAUAGCUGUCAAUAAUGCGUGAUGAUGCUGGAUGCUGGAUGAUGCGUCAUGCAAUCGAGAGCGGAAGAUCGACACCGACGAAUUUUUAUCGAUCUCGUCGUAUGGAAAAUUCAUACAUCAUAACGCGACGCCGUCGAACAGCGCCGACAGCGCAGUAAUAAAAACGAUGAAACAAAAUACUGUUCGCUCGCUACGCGUCGGCACUCGCGCUCGAUCGAUGCCGUUUAUCUCAAUUCGUUUCGGAUUACAUUUGGUUAUCGCGAUCACUUCCUCCGUCUUAUCUGAAAGUUAAGAGACAAGUCGGAAGUAUUCUGUAUCAUCCGUUCGUCCAUUCUCGCGUUCUCUCGUCUCGCGGAACAUGCACCGAGCCCGUUCGUGCGAUCUCGCGGCAAAACUAUGGAGGAGAUCCAACGUCGUGCCGGCGAUCCAUCGGAGAUCGAUCGCCGGCCGGCGCACGCUGCACGCGCUCGCCUACGGACCCGACGUCGCGGCCGCCCAGAAACACGGACUACCCAUCGUGGCCCUGGAAUCGACGAUCAUCACGCACGGCAUGCCGUACCCCGAUAACUUGAGCACCGCGCUGAAGGUCGAAGAUGCGAUCAGAAAGCAAGGUGUCGUACCUGCAACGAUAGGAAUUAUAGAUGGCAAAAUAUACGUAGGCUUGAACAACGAGCAAUUGGAGACCUUAUCCAAAGCUGACUCUGCAAGGACUAUGAAAUGUUCGCGCAGGGAUAUUUCUUUCAUUCUGUCGCACGGAUUGAACGGUGGUACAACAGUCAGUGGGACGAUGUUAAUCGCACACGCAGCUGGUAUUCCGAUAAUGGCAACAGGCGGCAUCGGCGGUGUUCACAGGGGAGCUGAGCUGACUCUCGACAUCAGCGCGGACCUGAUCGAGCUUGGACGCACCCCGGUGGCAGUUGUCUGCUCCGGCGUCAAAUCUAUCCUGGAUAUUGGCAAGACCUUGGAGUACUUGGAAACUCAGGGAGUGCCGGUCAUAAAAAUAGGCGACACGCCAGAAUUUCCAGCUUUCUACUGUUCCGAGACCUCGAAUAAAAUAAAAGCGCCGUGCAGAGUCUCCAACGCCAAGGAGGCAGCUGGUAUUGUGGAGACGCAGGGAGUACUGGGCAUCGGCACGGGGAUAUUAUUUGCAGUCUCUAUCCCGGAAAAGUAUGCGUUGGAACCUGGCGUUGUGGAUGCCGCUAUAUCUGAGGCUUUAACGAAAGCAAACGCUAUGCGCGUAACGGGCAAGCAAGUUACGCCAUUCCUUCUAAACGAACUCAACAAGAUCACGCGCGGUCAAUCUCUCGAAGCGAAUAUAGCUCUAAUAGAAAAUAACGCCAAGGUUGCGGCCGAAAUUGCCACGAAUCUCUGCGAAAGAUCUCAAACAGCCCGUGUAAGAUCUGCUUCUGUACGAUCGAUAAUAUCAAGGCAAAAACCGAUAGUGAUUGGCGGGUCAGUUCUGGACACUGUACUGCAAGUGAAGGAGCCCGAAAUAAACAAUGACGGUAGAACGCACACCGGGCGAAGCAGACGCAGCUGCGGCGGGGUUGGUCGGAACGUCGCCGACGCGUUGCUCAAGCUCGGCUUGAAGAACACGCGUCUGAUAUCCGUCGUUGGCGACGACGAGGAUGGAAAGAUCAUUCUCGAGAGCCUAGGAGCCGGAAGCGAGACGGUGAAACGCAUGUCGGACGUGAACACCGCGAGGGUGACCGUGGUAUUGGACGUUAAUGGCGAAUGCCACUUCUGCGUCAGCGAAAUAGAAUCCCUCACCGCGAUCGCUCCGAAGUUGAUAAAGGAAUAUCAAUCGUAUCUCGAAGAAGCAAGUCUCAUCGUUCUCGACGCAGAUCUCGAGUUGGACACCAUGCGCUGCGUGCUCGACGUUGCGUCGCAAGCGAACGUUCCGGUCUGGUACGAGCCCACGGAUGUUCAAAAGGCGGCGAGGAUAUUCGAGGUCGGGCCACAUUGGAAAAAUGUGUUGCACUUCGUCUCGCCCAACCGGAACGAGCUGAGAGUCAUAGGCGAGCGCCUCAACAUCCCCGUCGCCGAGAGGAUGGACCUGGAGGCGGUGAGGAGCGUAGCCGAACAAUUAAUCGAGCACAUUCCGGUUGUCGUAACCACCUUGGGCGCGCAGGGAGUGCUGGUGACCCGACGAGCUUCGCCAAACGAGCCCUUCUACGACGAGCGCGGCGAGCUGAUCGCCGAUUCCCCGGUCGAUUCUCGAUUGUAUCCCGCCGUCAACGGCGCGGAAAGUACGGGCGAGAUCGUCAGCGUGAGCGGAUGCGGCGAUUGCUUCACGGCCGGGAUGAUCUACGGGAUUCACAAGAAUCUGGACGAGAUCGGUUGCGUCUCCGUCGCUCUGAAAGCCGCCGCGCUUUCGCUGAGGUCCUUCGACACGGUGCCGCGGACGCUUCGGGACGCUCUCCAGCGAUGAAUCUUUUUUUUUUUAUUAUUAAAUUUUAAUACAUAUUUUUAUUGUAAUUAACUUUUUCACCAGUUGACUAGAAUAACGUUUAGAGUUCUAAUUGUAUUUUUACGUAGUAUAAAUAACGUGCUUUUUACUACUGUCCCAAGUAGAAGA